CGUAGACGAGGUGUACCGGGAAGAUUGUGCCAGAAGGCCAUAACUCAAGGACUGGUGCUCUGAAUCAAAGAAGACCAGCUCUGGUGGGGAGGAACAGGAGGAGGCUGGUGCCCAGGCUCCUGGCUCCCCCACUUCAGUCUGUAUUGGGCUGGGAGAGGACCUCACCCCAAGGGAUGGAAGCAGAAAGCACAGGAAAGCUGGAAGUCUGUGAUACUAGACCAGGCCUGGAUCCUGCAAGAGGUUUGGGGAUCAAGGCUCUUAGCCAAUGGGCCCUGGCCUGAGGCUGCCUCAGGAAGCAAGGCAUGUGAGGUCUGCUGAGGGCAUGGCAAGUAGAACCCUGGCCCUGUGUGAGGUGAGGCUUGGUUGCCUGGUGACUCUCCCUGGGCAGCUACGUGCUGUCAGAAGGACUCUGCUUGCUGUGCUCACCCCUCAGCGGCAGCCACCCUGGUACUCUUUCUUCCCUUGCCACCAUGUCACGUCAACUCAACAUGGAUACGCUGCGGCAGAACUUCUGGAAGGAGGAAUAUCUGAGGGAGAAAAUGGUGCGCUGUGAAUGGCACCGCAAGUAUGGGUCGAUGGCGAAGGCCAAGCAGAAGGCUAAGGCUGCAGCCCACCUGCCCCUUAAACUGCCCACUCUGCACCCCACAGCCCCACUCUCACCCCCACCUGCCCCCAAAGCAGUCCCUUCCAGGGCCACCAGCCCUGCCCUGGAGGCUCCUAUUCAGUCAGAAAUGUACCCAGUACUGCCUGCCACCCGGGCCCUGCUGUAUGAAGGCAUCUCCCACGACUUCCAGGGGCGCUACCGCUACCUCAACACCCGAAAACUGGAUAUACCAGAGAUGCGCUACCUCUUCCCCAUCACCACCAACUUCACAUAUGGCUGGCAGCUGGGGCCCCCAGUGAAGCAAGAAAUGGUCUCCUGCAAGACGUGCCGCAUUGAAUCCUUCUUCCGCAAGAACGGGGCCUUCGCACUGCUUGACCCCCGGGACCUAGCCCUCUGA